AUAUUAUUUUUUAAAUUAUGGAUGAACUUGACGUCAAACCCAACAUCAAGGUCGAAGCCGUUGACUGGUCCGAACCACCGGCCAACUUCCACCAUCCGGAAGUUCCCGUUGCACUUCCGGACCAGAAACCGAACAUCUCAAACUUCAGCUUCCCAAGCGUGGUAAAGGAGGAACUGAUCUUAGAGGAUGACACCCCACCUUUUGAACCGGCUAGCGGCGUCCCUGACGGUCCGGAACCGGUUACACCCGGCUUGAACCAGUACGCCUCUGCUGAGCAGGACAGUAACGGUCCCAGCAGCGACAUCACUCCCGGAAAAUUUGCAUGCACAAUUUGCCAGCUGUCGUUUCCUAAAAGCGCGAUAUACAGCGGCACCAGCGGGAAGAACAUAAGCAGCUGUAUUUCUGCAACACCUGCGAUAAGAGUUUCGACAAGCCGUGCCGUCUGAAGCGGCACGCGCCAAGCUGCAAGGGACGCCCUCUGUACUGUGCCACGUGCGACAAGACGUUCGACGCAGUGAAGGCGUGGUACAAACACCGUGCCAGCCAUCGGAACGUAGAGAGUAA